AUGGACUCAUGGGUAAACGUAGGCAAUAGUAUCAGUGGCAACGAUGAUGAUGACGAGGAAGUCUAUGCCGAAGAUAUCAACAUAUCCUCAAGCCCAACGCCAAUUCCCAUACCUUCUAAUCCCCGAAAACAAGUACCCAGUACAGCACCACUUCGCACUUUGCAACACACAAUUGCUCGUCUACCUCCCGACUCUCACGUAUCACACCCACUGCAGAGCACUACUAAUAACGCACAACCUGAAACGUUUUCACGCGGAACACCCUCCACACCCUCCACACCCUCCUAUUCAUACACUCAUUCACAGUUCUCAACAUCUCCGUCGACAGUGUCGUCUUAUGUCAGCUCUUCUUAUUUUUCCUCCCGGCCCAUAUCUCAAAUAACUAAUUAUACAGCUUAUUCUAACUCGCCGGUCGGAACUCCGAAUUCAGUAGGAAAUAUAAUCCUGAGUGAAGGUAAUCUAGCAACAGGAGCAACUACGACAGAAGCAAACACACCACCACACUGGAAUAAGGGACCGCAAUCACAGCGCUCGGUGACUUCUUUGAAAAGAUUAAAUAGUGGAAUAGAACGCUUAAAGAUAGUCUUAGAAGAAGGUACGCCCGAAGCUGAAGGUCAUACCGAAAGUACAGGUUCCACCGAAGCAAUUAAUAUAACAUCCAACAGUACAAACACAACAAACGCAACAAACACCACCAACAUUACCAACGUUGAUAACACUGCAAGUCUACGCCGUCACCACUCACCAACGUUUACCUCUCCAUCCUCACGUAGACCACACCGCCCAUCCGCUCCGUCUCCAUUAAAUCCCCACUCUGCCUCUCUUUCAUCUUCUUACUCUCCUUCGUCUUCAUUCUCCGAUCGUUCAAUUCAUCGCCUCAACCGCCGUCCAUCCUCGCCAACAAAGCCUUUAUAUCUUGAUCAUUACAACCACGCAACAAAAGUAAAGCCGGCGACUGCAACGGUAUUUGAAACUCGAUCGUUACGCAAGAGACCAUCUAAAGACAACACGAGUGUUGAACGAACAAAUUCAAUGAAAGGGUCGAGUUUUUCGGAGGUUGAGAAUAUGGAAGGCAACAAUGAAACGGGAAAGGAAGGCAACGGAGUAUCAACAAAUGAAAAAAUUAAGGAUUUAGACCAAGAUCAAACUUUCACUCUUAUCCCUAAACGAACUUCUUCUCGUGUCAAAGCCGUGAAUUCUACGAGCUCACCUUCAGCUACGUCAACUGCAGUUGAUGUAAAAUCUGAUACCGUUCUCGCAUCCGACUCUAAUUCACUCGGUAACUUUCGCUCAUCUUUAUCCAAAACGGCUGUCACACAAAACGUGUUUCGAGGCAGGUCCUCGGGAAGUGCGUCCCCUAUUCCGGAUGAUAUAACAAUUGCACCAAUUCCUGAGCUUGAUGAUAUUCGUGGAACAUAUAAUCAUUACAAGUACACUGAGCCUAAAGAUUUGGCCAUGUAUCAAUAUGCUGGUCGUGUUGACAGAUUCGGCUUCAUUAUCUCGGGCGAAGACGAAGCUGCAAUGCUGGAAAUUGACAAAAGGUACGAACUAAGAGAGUGCAAAAGAUCGUUAAAAUGGGCCCGUUGGUUAGCAACUACCAAAUACAUCCAACAUUCUGGGAAGUAUGGGUCAACGUCUUAUGUCUUUCCAUCCAAUAAGAAGUUCUCGGCUCGAAUACAGAAGGGCAUUCCAGACUCGUGGAGGAAUCUCGUUUGGUAUUAUCUUGUUGCAAAUGGAGCUGAUGCUGAAUUUGAUGAGACUUUGGCGAAGACUUAUCACACGCUUCUUUUGUUAAAUUCACCCCACGAGAGACAAAUAGAUUUGGACGUCCCUCGAACAACGCCCAGUCAUAUUAUGUUUAUGACACGCUAUGGCCCUGGGCAGCAAGCAUUGUUCAAUGUUCUGAGGGCAUUCUCUGUUCAUGAUAAGCAAGUUGGAUAUUGUCAAGGCAUGGCUGCUGUAUGCGCCAUCUUGCUGAUGUAUUAUCCUGAGGAGACUGCGUUCAUCAUGCUUAUCAAACUAUUCAACCGCUAUAAUCUACAUCAUUUAUUCGUUCCUGGAUUCCCUGCUUUACUGGAGAGCUUCUAUGUUCAGGAACAAUUAAUGAAUACAUAUAUUCCAAAAAUAUUUGCUCAUUUUGUAAAUCUCAACGUAUUAUCAAAUGCAUAUGCCACCCGAUGGUAUAUAACAUUAUUUGCAGGCAAUGUAGUUCCUCACCACACGGUACUACGAAUAUGGGACUUAAUGAUGCUGCAUGGCUUUGAUGUAUUGUAUUUUGUGGCUAUUGCAGUUUUGCAAUAUCAUCAAGCGACCUUGCUUGCUUCCGAUUUUGAGAAUGUAAUGAGGUUGCUCUCCAAUAGCCUUGAUGUCAAAGAUGACGACAAACUAAUAUGUAACGUGAAAUGUAUGUAUGGACGCAGAGGACGUAAGAAGCUUGUUGAAACCUUGAAAGCAGACUAUAGAGCCAAUGCACGGGGAAGUAACAUUACUGAAGAGAAGAUCUACUAA